AAGAAAAACCCUAACCGGCAUUGCCCUGUCGCCAGUCCCCUCCCGUCGUCGGUCGUCCCAAUGCUGUCCGCCGGCCGCCGCCGUCUCUGCCUCUUCCCCUUCCCCUUCCCUCUCCGCCACUUCACUGCGGCCGUUUCCACCACCACCACCACCACCUCCGACGCUGCCGCUGCCGACCCCACUGUGUUCUACCUCGAAUCCACCUGCGCGCUCUCCCCCGCCGCCGCCGCCCGCGCUGCGGACUCCAUCCGCCUCGCCUCCCUGGAGUCCACCGCGCAGGCCGACGCCGUCCUCGACCUCCUCCGCCGGUAUGGCUUCACCGACGCCGAGAUAUCCACCACCGUCCGCAAGUUCCCCAUCGUCCUGGUCUCCGACCCCGUCAAGACACUCCAGCCCAAGCUCGACUUCCUCGCCUCCGUCGGCAUCAACGCGCCGCUCCUCCCCAGGCUCGUCUCCCUCAGCCCCGUUGUCCUCCACCGGAGCAUCCAGGACCACCUCGCCCCGCUCUUCGAAUCUCUCCGCGAGCUCCUCGGCUCCAAUGCCCGCGUCGUCACCGCGCUCCGCCAGAUGCCGUUCGUUGUCCGCUGCAGCCCCAACAGUACCCUCAACCUCGUGCUCCCCGCACUAAGAGAUGUCCACGGCUUGCCCCCGGAGGACGUCUCCAAGCUCGUCGCCGUCCACCCUGGCGUCAUCAUGCAGGGCCCCCACCGCUUGGCCGAGAUCGUCCGGGCCGUCAAGGACGUCGGCAUGGAACCCGGUGAGCCCAUGUUCGUCAACACAUUUGCCAUCAUUUCCAAGAUGAAGACCCCCACACUGGACAGGAAGUAUGCACUCUACCAGAGCCUUGGCUUCGAGAAGGACAAUGUUGCCUUAAUGUUGCGGCGGUGCCCACUCAUGAUGGCUAUCUCAGAGAAGAAGAUGAAGGAAAAUGUCGGAUUCUUGGUCGGAAAGGCGGGUCUGAGCCUGGAAGAUAUGGUGGCCAAUCCGAGCAUGCUGGUGCGGAGCUUGGAGAGCCAUCGCAGGAGGUGUGCGGUGCUCACACUGCUGAGGAAGGAAGGGAAGCCAGAGGGGAAUCAUCAGCUGCGCAAGGUCCUCGUGGCUAAAAUGAAACGGUUCUUGCAGGUGUAUGUGCAGCCACACCAAAACGAGAUCCCUGAUGUCGUCCGGGCUCUCAACGGAGAGAUCCCUUUCGAGGGCUUCAGUGUGUUGGAAUAGCCACAGCCGCCCAGGAAGAUGAGCCUUUGAUGUCAUCGGCCUAUGCAAUUCUUGGUGGGAUCUGCUUAGGCAGUUUUCUGAAGAUUA